UAUCUUAUCUCCAACAACUACUUAACUAGUGCACGAACCAAAGCAUAUAUUCAACUUCAUACUCAGAUUCUUGAAAUUAAUCAAUUCUUGUUUGCUUUGUAUUACCAAUGGCUAAUAUGGUGAAUGCUUCACCAAUUGCUUUCAGCAAACACUCCUCUCCUUCUUUUUCUUUCCUCAGUUUCCAACCAAUUACUUCUUCCAAAAUUGCCACUGAAUCUUGUAAAAGUGCAGUGUUUAGCAAUGCCAAAAGAAGGGCUUUUUUUGCUCCUACCUUAGCUUACAAGAACUUGAAUUCUGAAGAUAUUGUUGAUAUAAACAAAGUUGAAUUAGUGAAAGAAAAUGAAUUGGAAGAAGAGGAUUCUACUACUGAUGAGACCCUUUUGUAUUCAUUCAGUCCUUUGCCAUUGAUGUUUGUUGCUGCUCUUCCCGGAGCUGGAACUAUAAGGUCUUUGUUUGGUCCUUCUGUUGAGCUUGUAAAAUCAUGGAAUUUACCAGAUUGGCUUGUACAUUGGGGUCAUCCUGGUAACAUGGCUGUUGUGCUCUUUGCUAUGGGUGGAUAUGGGACUUACCUUGGUUUCCGAAUACGCUUUUCUGACGAUGUGGAGGAAAAGGCCAAAGCCAAAGAUUUGCAUCCAAAACUUCUAGGAGGAAUGUUCUUCUUCUUUGCUCUUGGAGCUACUGGUGGAAUUACAUCACUUCUUACUUCAGAUAAGCCUAUUUUAGAAAGUCCUCAUGCUGUCACAGGUUUUAUCGGCCUGACUCUUUUGACUAUACAAACCAUUUUACCUGCACUAUUUGAGGGAAAUCCCGGGUUGAGGAAUGUUCAUGGCAUAUUGGGUAGUGGCAUAAUGACUUUGUUUCUAGUUCACGCUGCACUUGGACUUCAGCUUGGAUUAAGUUACUAAUCCAUUAAAAGAUUAAAAAGAGUAGCCUGCUGGGAAAUUCAUUUUUGGCUAUGAGAAAGAUUAUGUUUAGAGGAUUCAGUGAAAUACUAAGUCAUGUUCAAAUUUGAAAUAAAAAUGAUUAAUUAGUGAAUUCAAUGAAAUACUGAGUCAUGUUCA